AUGUCUUCGCAAAGAAGGGCUCCCCGUAGUGGAGCACGUGGAGGUGCUCAAGAGAACGGCGAAGAGCAGCAAUUAUGGCAUGAUUGUGUAUCUGUUCUAGCCGAGCUUCAACAGAAAGAGAAAGACGCAGAGGAUCUCAAACAGCAAAUAUUCGCCGAGGAAAGUAGACUGUCAGAGGUUAAACGUAAUGGAAGAGAGCCUUCCGUCGCAGAGUAUUACACUUUAGAAUGUAUGUACCGCGACGAGAUUAAGAUUGCAAAAGACCAGGAAGCUCUCAUUGGAGUGGACGAUACUAGUGGUCUCAAGCAAAACGUCGGUCUUCUUGCGGCAAUGGUCAAGCAUAACGAAGAAAAAGUUGAAUCGUCCCUGCCACGUGGCUCUGCUUCUCGCGACUCCCGCGAUUCGCAAUCUCGUUCUGGAAUGGAUAUGGAUGGAACUUCAGAUUCUCCUGGUCCUCCAUCAGCUGCAGAUAGGCAAGCUCGGAAACUUGGCAAUGGUCGAACGAGCAGUCAACCUCCGAGGAACCUGGAUGUGAUUAUCCGAUCUGAAGCUCCUUCCGAACCCUCCGAGCGAAGCUCUAAUAAGCCGAAGAUAGUCUACGCUGUUGGCGACGAGGUGGCUUUCAAGCGCAAAUCAGGCGACGACCUCGACUGGAUCCAAGGCAUUGUCACAAGAGUCAUUGGAGAGGGUAAGAGUCGACGAUAUGAAGUCCGGGAUCCAUAUCCUGAUGACAAGGCCGCUGAAUUGAACAAUAACUACAAGUCUUCCGCGUCCCAGAUGGUACCGAUUCCGUCUGUAGGUGCAAAGUUUGAGGAUUACGAAGUUGGAAAGCGGGUUCUUGCGCUCUACCCAUCAACAUCUACCUUCUACCGGGCUGAUGUUAAGCGGAUGCUUGAGGGUGGUACCAAGGUUGAAGUAUUGUUUGAAGAGGAACAGGAAGGCAAGGAAGUUGAACGCCGGAUGGUACUAAAUCAUACUGGCCAAUAA